UUGACCAUAUUUGGGUUUUUGUUCUGCGCGUGCCGUCGUCAAGUGACGUUCCCGUUCUCUUGCUAAAUCAGCCUAUAAUCUCGUUCAACUCUGCCACAGACCCCGGCCCCGAGUCCUCAUUUUACUGACCGGCCGAACGAAAUGAAACAAGACACGAAAAACUCCUGAAUAUGGUAACACAACCACUAACUCUUCUUACAGACUGAUAGCAGGAAGAGAGUUGUGGAUGAAACAGAAGGCCAACUUUGGGCAGACAGUCAUGGAUUUCAUUAUUUUGAGACAUCAGCACAGACAGGCGAUGGAAUCAAUGAUAUGUUCCAAACCUUGUUCAAAGCAGUUUUGGCAACGAUAGAAAACGGAGGCAAACCUGUUCAGGUUAAUGCAUCCACUACUCUCGGUUACACCAAGGAACAGGCAGAGGCCAUUCACAGGCUUAAAACAGCCAAGGAUAACUACGAGAGACUCGGUCUGACAACCGGGGCAAGCAGGGAUGACAUAAACCGUGCUUAUCGAAAGCUGGCCAUUCUUAUUCAUCCAGACAAGAGCUUAGCUCCAGGUACAGAGGAGGCGUUCAAAGCCUUAGUAAACGCUCGUUCGGCGCUCUUACAAUCCCACAGAUAGCGCUAACAACGACAACAGUGUCGUCAUUGAUGAGGUCAUCACCGGAAACAGCGACGUUGUAAAUGACGUCACCGAAGAAGGUCGAUGCAGAAAAUUGUCGUCAAUGAUGUUAUUACAGAGAAUGUUGUCAUCACUGAUGUUUGUUUCCUCCUUGUACAAUGUAUACUGACUUCGGGCACCUUGCGGUCACUUUUUUUCUACUUUUUUCACAAAAUUUCGUUACUAGUGCCAUCAGUCACUACAGGUCAGAUGCAUGCAGGAUCCCUUUUGGGCGAUUGGUGGGACGAACGCUUGAGUGCAAGUUCAAUUAAAGCAUUUGGUCAGCAUUGAUCUUUCACUGUCACAUAGUAGUUUUUCCAACGAGUUAAUUGAAUGAUAGUGAGCUCUUUUAGAAAAAAUCUGAACUUUACACGAUAAAAAUCAUUGGAAUGUUAUAAAGACUCCUGAAAAAAAUCAGUCUCCAUCCGUAUCUUUACUUUGUCUUGUUUUACUCGAGGAAAAGACCGUAACUUUGUCUUUAACUUGUAAAUAAUCAAAAGAGUAUUGUUUUUAAUUUAUAUUAAUUUUAGUCUCAACUAUUUCCUCUCGUGCAAGGUCCUGUAGUUGGCACCAUCAAUGCUGUUUAGUGU